UGGUAAGACAAUGUAUAUAUGUACUGAUUUAUAUUCUGUGCACCCAUAAAGGAUUACUUAUAACUUGGAAAUAACAGGUAAUGAAUAAAACGUCUUUAAAUCAAACACAAAUAGUGUACGAACGAACACCUGAAUUCAAAAUUCCAAACAACACCUUGCCUAUGUAUUCAACUCCGCUCUACUCAUCGAAUUCAGUUAAACACAGUGAACUCUGUCAGUACGACACACCAAACAUACCACUUAAUUUGGCUACUUUAUCGCUAGAAGAUUAUGACAAAACUCCAACAACUGAUAUCUCAACAAGGAGAAAUCGAUAUUCUCGAAAAAGCUUACUUUGCGAAUUACCGGUUUCCGAUUGUUCACAUCGAAGGAAUUCGUAUAUAGAAUGGUGUCACCAUGAUUUUAUUAAUGAUGAUCAUUGGCGGAUUGUACGCUAUUAUUUUGUUGAAUCUAAACGUUUACAAAUGAAUAAAAAGGCUUAUUUAGAUGAUGAAGUGAAUCAUUCCACCAGGUUAUAUCGUAUUUAUAUUGAUGAAAAUGGCAAUAAAUAUUCAUUUUUUUAAUCAGUUUUAUUAUUUUCGAACAAUUAAUUUGUAUAAACUUUGAUGGUAGUUUUAUUUUAAACAUUAUUUAUCACAUAAACUAAUGUAUUUUCGAAGUGGCUUUUAUGAAAUAAACACUCUUAAC